AUGGUUUCUGCUUCUCUAUCAACUCCCCAGUUGCCAACUCUUCAAUCUGUUCCCAGGGCAAGGGGCAGUGCUUAUCAAUUAGGAAGCCUGUCAGCCAUUAGCGGAAAGAUUAGAUUCGUGCCGAAGAUCGCGAUCGUGGAGGCAGGAAGAGGGUUCGCCCCGAUUCUGAGCCGCUCCAGGAAUCAAAUAUCGUGCUCCGUCCCUGAGCCGGAGACUCUGAAAACGGUCCAAGGCAUCAUAGCCAAGCAGCUCUCUGUCGAUGAAAGCACUGUUGCUCCAAGGACCAAGUUCGUCAAUUUGGACGCCGAUUCUCUCGACACGGUGGAGAUCAUUAUGGCUUUGGAAGAGACGUUCGGAGUUUCAAUAGGCGAAGGGGGAGCAGAGAACAUCGCUACUGUCCAGGAUGCAGCUGAUUUGAUAGAGAAAGUGAAGGCAGGCUCAGCUUAA